CAGCAGAGGCCCUCACCUCCUUCACCCACCAGCCUGACCAAGGGUGGAUGUCAAGGGAAAUCUCUCCCACCGCUCAUUCUGUGGACGAUGAUGGUAGCAGUAAGCACAAACCCGGAUGAGGAGAGACACAAACAAUGGAGGCACCAACACCAGAGCCUGUGUAUGUUGAUGUGGACAAAGGACUAACAUUAGCAUGUUUCGUCUUCCUUUGCCUUUUCUUGAUCGUGAUGAUUAUUCGCUGUGCAAAAGUCAUCAUGGACCCUUACAGUGCCAUCCCAACUUCCACAUGGGAGGAGCAGCACCUGGAUGACUGAAAGGGACACUGCGGGAAGCUUUCACAGCACAACCUGGAAGGCCUUUUCAUUCAGA